AUGACAACAAAGAGCAGCCUGUUUUCGCUAGACCGCCGGACCAACGUGAGAAUGUUGUACACAGCUGACCAACUGCUCUACCGCUCCUCAUCGCUAGCUUGUGCUGCUGACUGCAGCCAUAGAUCUGACACGUGCUUUAGCUACAGCUAUAGCAAGCAGAAUCAAUCUUGUCGACUGGCCAAGGGAGCCCAGCUGUACACCUUCAAGAUACAGGAGAAGUAUAACAUACUUCUAAACAUCUACAAUAACACACAAGUUGACACUUGGAUUGGUCUAAAUGAUAUGGUCAAGGAAGGUGAACUCAUGUGGGAUGAUGGGACAACUCUCGUCGAUUCCUGGAAAACUGUGAUUUUUAAGCCAGGUUUACCAGAUGACAGAGGAGGCGACGAGGAUUGUGUGCAACUAAAUAGUGCCUACUACCCCCUGAACGACAUAUUCUGUAACAAUUCCAGAAAAUACAUCUGCGAGAUCAACCCAACUGGCUUUUAA